UACAUGUGAAGAGUUUGUGUCCACAUUGGCAGCUAUACAUUUCAUAAAAAUGGUGAUAUGUUUCUUAAUCCAUACGGUGUGUCCGGUAAACGCGCUGUCUGCUGGGGAGAGCCGCAUACUUUACUCGCGCUCAUUUGGACCGGAAACCGGAGAUGGUCGUGAUUUUACAUCUGAACAGAAACGAUUGAUGCAGAAAGAGAAACUUCAAAUCGUAUCCAGGCAGGUGCGGAGUGCUGUGGCUCUGAGUAGGGAAGCCUCAGGCAAUCCAUGUGCGGAGGCUGUGCUGGGUGAAGAGGCCAUGGCACUGGGUGAAGCUGAGUGUGGUGUGUUUUCAUUAGGUAAUGUGGAGCUGUUUCCAGAUCGAAGUGUUGUGCUGUGGCUGGGUGUUCAGUCUCUAGCAUUCACUCUGGUCUGCAGACCACACGAAAAUCUUCUGCUCGCAGAGGGAACGCUUCGCAGCAUCGCACGCCACUGUCUGGAGGAACUACGUCUUCUUGGACCUGGUAGUGAGGUGUUGCUGAAGAGUGAUCGAGUAGAUGCAAUGUUGCACAGACUCCUUCCUCAUGGUCAACUCCUCUUCCUCAACCACCGUUUUGCAUUCAGCCUGGAUAAAGAGAUAGCAAGCUACGUGAGCAAAUGAAAGUGUGUGUAUUGGUAUAUUUACAUUGCCACAUUUUGAGAGUAAUCUAUUGCUGUUAGGCCCUGGAUGUACUGAUAUAAAAGAUCAUAGAGACCACUUCUGCUUAGAAAAUAUAAUGCACUUGUGCUGCCCAUAGGAGCAUGAGCAGAAGAGAACACCCUCGACGUGGAUUGCUAACUGGUUUGGUCUUAUCAGGAUACCAGUGGGCACAUGUUUGAAAACUUGUAGUUUGACUUCAGAUGAAAAAGGAUUCAGUCUACAUCAGAAAUAGGCGAUGUUGUCAUAUGAUUUAGAGAGAUUCUCUAUUUAUUGCAAAUGUGCCAUCAUUGUUGCCUUGGGUUAACAGUGCAAUAUCUUCAAAAUGCUAAAUGCCAUAGCUGGUCAUUUGAUGACUUUUUAUUAAAUGUAAGUGUUUAUUAAAUGUAAGUGUUUAUUAAAUGUUAGUGUUUAUUAAAUGCUCUUGUAAAUUUAGGGCUGAAUUAAUUUGAUCACACCACAUCACAUGUUGAUGUUUAAAUGAAAUAAUUAUGUUUCUAUAUCUAGCUCUGCACUAGAGGGCAGUGUUGCCUUAGAUACUAGAGUGAAGUGUUGCAUUAGAUUGUUUGCUGUUCGUUGUGUUACUGUCAAAUGCAUAGCAAUUAGAAUAAUCCUUUAACACUUUCAUCUAAAAUAAUUCAACAGAUCACAGCAGGGUGUCUGCCAACAGAUCUGAGAUAACUGAUUGACAGGUCUGUAAAGACUUCAUAACUAGGCCAACAGAGCAACCACGCAAUUCCAGAAAAUUCAUUUUUAGCUUUUGUUUUCUCUGAUUCAACAAUGAGGAGUUCUCUCUGUCACCGUGCUGUACUUUACAUAGAGGGAGAGUGAGGAUGUUUAAGUCCACUUAUAGUGGUAGGAUGGUUUGCGUUCUGUAUGAGUGUAACUGGACAAGAGCCCUGUUAUUGUUUAUGUACUCCAAAACUAUGAAGUAUUUUUAGACAUGUGUGACACUCUGAUCUACAAUACAUUAAUGACAUUUAAACAAAUGGACUAUAAAGAAUGUUCAUCUAUAGAAUUAAAUAUGAUCAAAUGACGUUUAAUUGGAAAAAUUAAAAAGGUAUAAAAAUGUAAAAAAUGCUAUUUUUACUAAUGAAAUUUGAUAGCCCUUAUGCUAAAUAUAUUUUUGAUGGGGGGGUAUUGUGGUAACCGGCUAAUUUAGGUUUUCUUAUAAAAUUUUGAAUCAACAUUUUGAGAGUACUGUAUUUGAAGAUAGUAACACGGCAUUCUACAUGAAUGCACAAAUAAAGUUGCUUCCACAAACCUAAUUUGGUUAGUUUACCACUGUGUCUUGGAAUUUCCCUUAUCCUGAAUAAAAAAUAUAGUAAACUC